AUGUCCAGCUCGAGCAGCAGGGCAAACUCGUCUGCCGGCGCCGCUCUGACGCCCAGCUCUCUGCCGUCACCAUCAUCGCCCUCGUUCUUACCCACUCCUGCGUCGUCGUCGUCUUCUUCCACCUCCUUCUCAUCGACGAUGACGACGACGACGACGGCGUCGAACGCAGCGCCGCUGGGUGACAGCGCAUCCUGGGCCGUCCUUCUCGUCGCUACUCUCGUCAAGCUGCUCCUCCUGCCUGCCUAUCGAUCCACGGAUUUUGAAGUCCAUCGCAACUGGCUGGCCAUUACCCACUCACUUCCAUUGCGACAAUGGUAUACUGAGGAUACCUCUCAAUGGACGCUGGACUAUCCGCCAUUUUUUGCAUGGUUUGAGUGGCUGAUGUCGCAGGUGGCUGUGCUCGUCGAUCCCGCCAUCGUCGUCGUGUCCAACCUUGAAUACGCCAGCUCGGCCACAGUCACCUUUCAGCGCCUCUCCGUCAUUGUGACAGACAUUGUUCUCUUCUACGGCAUAUGUCAACACAUUUCGAGGCAACAAAGACUUGUACAAGAGCUUCAUUGUUACGAUUUUUAUCGUCCUGAACGCGGGGUUGCUGCUGGUCGAUCACAUCCACUUUCAGUACAAUGGCAUUCUGAAUGGCGUCCUACUGCUGUCCAUCGCUGCCAUUCAAAAGGGACACGAUCUCAUUGGAGGCCUGUUGUUUGCCGUCCUGUUGAAUCUCAAGCACAUUUAUCUGUACCUCGCACCGGCGUACUUUGUGUUCUUGCUGCGGCACUACUGCUUUGCUGCAGCUUCAAGCGGCAGUCAGCUCGGACAGUUGCUCUCGCGCUUGUUUCCGUUCAAACGUGGGCUGUGCCACGCGUACUGGGCCCCGAACUUUUGGGCGCUGUAUUCGGCCCUGGACAAGGUCUUGAUUUAUGCCGGUCCUCGCCUUGGCCUCUGGCCCAUGCCCGAACACGUCACUGCAUCGAUGACUGGCGGCUUGGUGGGCGAUGUGUCUCACGUCGUGCUUCCCACGGUUCCGCCAGUUGCGACGAUGGUUUUGACUUUGCUGUUCAUGCUGCCCAUUCUCGUGGUGCUUUGGCGCCGCCCGACCAUGCCAAUGUUUUUGCGAAGCGUCGUUGUGUGCGCUUAUGCAUCCUUCCUCUUCGGUUGGCACGUGCACGAGAAGGCCAUUGUGAUGGUUGUUUUGCCAAUGAGGUAGGUGCCAUCCCGUGUGUUGUGAAGCUGCACACUGCACUCUUGCUCACACCCAAGCCUGUCCAUCGACCAGAGUUUUUCGUCAAGCACUUGAUUGUUCUCAGUUAUGUGCUGCUCGUGUAUUGCGCAUUACGUGUUCUCUUUCGUGGGCUCGCUCUGGAUCGGUCGUCGGGAUCGAGAGCUCCCUUCCGUCUCAAUCGGCUCGAGAAGGCGUACCUUUUUGGGUUUGCUGCUGUCGAGCUGUACACGGAAGUCCUGCACCCAAUAUUCCUUCCCAACUGGCUCCCCUUCCUUCCGCUGCUGCUCACAUCGGUGUACUGCAGUGCGGGCGUACACUACACCUUUGUGCGCUUUUACAACGAGUCCUUGCAUCACUGGCGAGCAAGCAACCUCAGCCCAACGCCGUCCAUUUCAACUUCCAACGCGUCCAAGCGGCACUCCUAG